GGCCCAUAGCAAUAACAAUCAAAUCAUUGAUAAUAUAUCGUCGCUAGGGUUUUUACUAUUUUCGUCUGCGAACGAAGAAAUUAACCUUUAGCAGCAGCAGCAGCACCCAGCUACAAUGGUGGAGAACAAACCAAGGAAGGAGGAGGUUGUCUCCAGAGAGUACACCAUCAAUCUGCACAAACGUCUCCACGGAUGUACCUUCAAGAAGAAGGCACCAAAUGCUAUCAAGGAAAUCCGGAAGUUUGCCCAGAAGGCCAUGGGUACUAAUGAUGUAAGGGUAGAUGUCAAGUUGAACAAGCACAUAUGGAGCCGUGGAAUCCGGAGUGUGCCAAGAAGGAUCCGUGUUCGCGUUGCCCGCAAGAGAAACGAUGAUGAAGAUGCCAAGGAAGAGCUCUACUCUUUGGUCACCGUUGCAGAAAUUCCAGAGGGAGGGUUGAAGGGAUUGGGAACCCAAGUCAUUGAAGAGGAAGAGUGAAAAUUCAUAUUUUAUUUUGAUAGAUUUUUAUGGGCUCCUCGUUGUUGGAAAUUAAGAACAAAAGAUAUUACGCAAUUAGAUAAUGCGUUUUCGUUUUUUCAUAUUCUGUUCUCAUAUUUGUAUUGUGGAAUUUGGAUAUAUUCAUUUCAUGCAGAGAUUGAAUAGUUUAUUAUUAGAUCA